ACUGCAGUUCCCGCCGUGCUCUGCGCUCCAGCCCCGUGCCGGGCGCGGCCGCUCCCGCCCGUCCCGCCAUCCGGCGCGGCCGCCAUGCUGCGCCCCAAAGCGCUGACGCAGGUGCUGAGCCAGGCCAACACCGGCGGCGUCCAGAGCACCCUGCUCCUGAACAAUGAGGGGUCCUUGCUCGCCUACUCAGGCUAUGGGGACACUGAUGCCAGGGUCACUGCGGCCAUCGCCAGCAACAUCUGGGUGGCUUACGACAAGAAUGGACACCAGGCCUUCAACGAGGACAACCUCAAGUUCAUCCUCAUGGACUGCAUGGAGGGGCGAGUGGCCAUCACGCGGGUGGCAAACCUGCUGCUCUGCAUGUACGCGAAGGAGACAGUUGGAUUCGGGAUGCUGAAGGCCAAGGCGCAGGCGCUGGUCCAGUACCUGGAGGAGCCGCUCACGCAGGUGGCCGCGUCCUGACCACGGAGCCGAGGGGCUCCGAGCUGCCACCGGCAAAGCCCGUUCGUUUGACACCGUCACCGGCAAAGAUGGGGGGUGAGCAGCCCCAGAGGGAUCCCAGAGCUCGGUCCCGCUUUGGUGUGGCCUUUAAAAAUAAGGUGGGGGGAGCAAAACACUGUGGGGGGAAUAAAAGCGUGUCUAAUGCU